CGAUCUCGACGACCGCUGGGUGCGGGGCGAGUCCGCUCGGCCGAUUUCGCGCGAGAGUCGCGCGCGCGGCGCGAAAUCGGCGGGGAUCACGGAUGAUCAUCUCGCGGGGCGCCGAGAGUGCGAGAGCGCGCGCCAGUCGGGGGCACGGGAAAAAUUGGGUCGAUGCGCGGAAGAUGGCGGCCGCUGCUGCGUGAUGUGCGUGAAGGGGGCUCGUGUGUGCUCGGAUUUUGCUCGGGAAAAAACAUGAGGGAGCACGAUAAGGUGCAUUGACACGCGCGAAACCCGACCACUCGUGCGGGGCGGCAUGGCACGCGCGUGAAAACGCCGCGCUCUCACGCGGGACUCCUUCCGUCGGCUUCUUCUUCUCUCUCGCGCGCGAUCGCGGGGGUGUUAUCGUUUGUUUACGAUAAGCGGCAGUGAGAAAGCGGACACUUCUUUUUCGGCUUUCGGUUUUGCCCGCGCGAGCGGGGCCAGCUACGCGCUCGCGAAACGCGAAGUGCAAAACUGGGAAAGGGACACGCAUAACACUCACAUAAAUACACACACACAGACACACCACACAAGCAGAGGGCAGAGGAAGAGAGAGAGAGAGAGAGAAAAAACGGAGGAUAUACGGGGGAUUCGACACCGGAGAUCAAGUGUUGCCGGACUUCGGCCCGGUGAAGAAGACCCGUAGAGAUGCUGAAGCAAUUGCAGAUGGGGAUGAGAGCUUUCCUCUUAAUGGCCUCCCGUGUGUGGACCUGCAUUUGCUUUCUACUCAAGAAGCAGGUUAGAACCGUCUCGCAAAUGCAGCCAGUCAAAUAUGAGAUCUUCCCACUUUCACCUUUAUCUAGGCACAGACUUAGUAUAGUUAAAAGGAAGGUAUUAGUACUGGAUUUAGAUGAAACAUUAAUUCAUUCUCAUCACGAUGGAGUGGCGAGGCCGACCGUCAGGCCUGGCACACCUCCGGAUUUUGUUCUUAAAGUGACAAUAGACAGACAUCCAGUUAGGUUUUUUGUUCAUAAGAGACCACACGUAGAUUUCUUCUUGGACAUUGUUAGUCAAUGGUACGAACUCGUAGUCUUCACCGCGUCCAUGGAAAUAUAUGGGGCGGCAGUUGCGGAUAAGCUAGACAACAACAGAGGUAUUUUAAGGCGCAGGUAUUAUAGGCAACACUGUACACCAGAAAUGGGUUCCUAUACCAAGGAUCUGUCGGCAAUAUGCUCAGAUCUCUCCUCAGUCUUUAUUCUUGAUAACAGUCCAGGAGCCUACAGAGCUUAUCCAGAUAACGCGAUACCCAUAAAAUCAUGGUUCAGCGAUGCAGGAGAUACUGCUUUAUUGAGCUUACUUCCAGUGCUGGAUGCUCUUCGCUUCACGCAAGACGUGCGUUCUGUUCUUUCAAGGAAUUUACACUUACAUCAUACUUGGUAGCAUAGUUGGGAUUGAACGAUACGCUAGAUAUCCUCUAGAGAUGGAGCUGCUAACAAUUUAGUGUGUCUAGCCUAGAAUUAUUGUUAUCGAUAAUAGAGCAACAUUAGAGGUCGUUGCCCGUAUAAUGAGACAAUGAGGCUCCUUCUCAAGUCCUCGUUUUUCUUUUUCAUUCUCGUCGUACGACGAGGAGACAUUGCGAAGGGGAGCGGUAUUUAGCCAAUAAUUGCAUCAGCACAAAAAGUAUCCUAGGAUAGUUCUUUACGUUACGUACAGUCCAUGUGUGCAAGGAACCGUUGAAAUUUCUUUACUUCUUUUUUUCUGUUACAUAAGCAUUUGCCAAAGACCAAGGUGUGAAAAUAUAAUAUAGAGUCGCGCUACCAGCAGAAUUUUUUCGUCUUAGAUAAGGAUUACUUAAAGUUUUUAUUUAUGUAUUUUUUUGCGGCACAUCAUGGAAAGAAAGAGCGAGCGAACGAACGAACGAUAGAGAGGGAGAGAGUGAGUGAGUGCGUGCGUGUGAAAGAAAAGAACGUAACUGAAACGAGAUACUUUUGUUACUGUAUAUUAUUCUAGGAUAUAGAGAAAUAUAUACUAAGUCAAAAAGGACACUUGGCUGUAACUCACUGUAUCAGUGAGGCAGUUAUCCCGGUAUAUCUAGUAUAUAUAAAAUAUAUUCAUAUAUAAUAUAUAUAUAAAUAUAUAUAAUAUAUGUGUGUGUACAUAUACACAUAUAAUUAUACAUGUGUACAUGUAUAUUAUAUGUAAUAUGAUAUGCAAAACGAGGAAACGGGGUAACGUCCGUUCAUCCCCGCGAUCUUUUCACGAUACGGAACAUUACAUGUGGGCAACCACGAUUUAUAUUCAUUGGUUCUCAUUGGCUACGCACUCCAAGCGAGAUAAUAGCAAGAUAACGAUUCUACACACAAACACACACGCCUAGUGUACUUUGUUCGUUUUGCAAUCAUGCAUCAUGCAUCAUGGAAAAUGCAACAGCAACAAUCGGACGUCAUACGAUUUGUACAUAUUCCUCAGGAUAUGCUUGAUCGAGUGUGACUGAUGUUCGUGUGAAUGAUAAUAAGUAAGACGUAAAAUAUGGGAUUCAUUUAAAUAUCUACAUAUGUAUAUAUAUAUACAUGCAUACGCAUGCAUUUAUAUAUAAAUGUAAAAUUUUCUCGUACAAUUCUCCUCGAAGAGGACAACACACAAGAAGAAAUACACGCCCAUGUGCACAAGAUUUAACGACGUCGAUGAUUUAUCCUGUGAACGAAGAUUUUUUGCCCUUUUUUUCCUUUUUAUCGUUUAUUUAUUGUAUAUUAUAGGAUCUUCGCGUACUUUCUCUAUUGUACAUAACGAUCAGUCGUUUGCUCGAGACACGAGAGAGAGAGAGAGAGAGAGAGAGCCAUGGGCAAUAGAUAUAGUAUUCUAAAUGGAAGUAGUUAAUCUAUUUGUUCAAAAAAUCAUAUCUGUACAUACACACACAUAUACACACAUACACGUAUAUAUAUAUAUAUAUCGGUAGAUAGUGCGUCUCUACGGUGUAGAGCUAUACCGAUUUCUCAGUUCUGCGACAGGAUUUAGGAUAUUCUUUAAUACGAUACCCCCGUCGUAUCGUCGACAAUUGAUUCCGAUUGAUUGAGAUGUCGAUCACUCGUGGUUUCAUGACCAUCGUCUCCUCCGUGUAAUAUGUGUAUACCUUUAUAUAUUUAUUAUUUAUGUUUAUCACUCCACACACGAUGGAGAUAAUUUAAUUCCCACGUGCUCUGUAAAGAAGUUCCUUAUACGUAGAUACACCGUAUAAACACUACAUCGAUUAACAAACAGCUGCAGGAUCACACAGCUUGUUGCUGAGCGGUACAGUCGUCUUGAAGGCAUUCUUGAAAGCACCGAGCAACCAAUAACUUCUAUGUUCACCCGAUUCGUGGUUUUUAUAUAUGUACAGCGAUGAUGAUACACGAAGAGUAUUGAACUAAGUCUUCUAGGAAUUAAUAACUCUCCGUUUAGAUCUUGUACGAAAGGCGUAUUUUAUUAAAAGUUAUAAGUAAGAAAAUAUACUCCACAUUACAUUCAUCCAAUUACAUUUAUUCUGUCAGAUUUAUUCGUUAUAUCGUAUUAACAAUGUAACAGAAAACGACGUUAUCAUUGUUCGAAGCCGUUUCUUCUUCUUUCUUUCGAUAAUAUUGGAAACCUCAGAAAGAGGUCUACUCUUUGUACAACGGAAUAUCGGCUGGUAAAUAUU